AUGACAUCCAAAAAGACGACUUCUCUCGUUCAGGUUUUCAAGUCAAUCGACGCGUCCUUUAUCUUCUACUAUGCUACCAGCAAUUCCAAUACUAUGACAUUUGCCAAGCUAAAGACUCGAGUUGCUCAUCAAUCUCGUAUGACUCUUCAAUUAGCACAUCUUAGUCAAAUCAAGGCCAUUUAUCCUUCGGCUUACAACAUUGAUACAAGUUACGUGGAUCACAAUGACUAUCUUAUCAGUGCCCCAAUGGUCAUCCAAAACGCUAAACAAAGACUAGCAAAGUUUGAGCAGCUUUUGAAUAAUGUUAACAACACAGACAAUUCGGCCAGUGAGUUACCACUUGCUGACUUAUCAUCAUCCAGACUGAAUAGAAAGAGACCGAGUUCAGAUCGAUUAGAAUCGCUUCGUAAGAAGUCAGUUAGUAACAUUGCAAAUCAGAAUAAGAUGAAACAAGCUGUGCCAAAGACGUCAUACGCGAAUCUGCUCGAAAAGAUCCGUGCAAAGCAGAAACUUAACGAAUUAACUCCACGAUUGUCUGAAGAGGAGAAGCGCCAAAAAUUCAUUACCGGGCAAUUAGAAAGUGUAUCAGCAGUGCUAUUAGGAAUGUCCAAUGACUCUUCACAGGUAUCCGUCAGUUAUUCUCUUCCAUUCCUUAUCACCAAACUCAAAGACAGUCUUCGAUGCAAGCUAAGUGCACAAGACGCUGAGAGUGCCAUAGUAUCACUGGCAGCGAAACUACCUCAAUUCUGUUCAGUAGUGGAAGUUGGUAAAGUGCGAGCCGUGAAAAUCAGUCACAACACAAGCUUGGGACACAUCCGCCAACAGCUGGCCUGUCCACCCGUUUGA